AUAUCGGCGCACAUUCCAUAACGCUUUUGCUGACCUUGCUGACACGCGUAACGCGUUCAUUUGCAUUUUGACACUUUGUGACGACUUCGAUAAGUCAAAAAUUAGUUUAUUCGAGUGUUCAAAGUUAUAGGAAGUAAAAAAACAAGAAUUAAACUAAAGAAAAUGAAUUUGUUGCGUAUAUGUGAUACUACGGAUCGUGUUGUUCUUAAGAAACAAUUCGAUUUCCUUCAUUAAAAUUGUUUAGUAUUUUCAAGAAGUUUGAUUGUAUAUUUUAUUUAUAAACAGCAUUGUGUGUCUGUAGUUGUUGUGUUUAUAAAGUAGAAACACUUAAUUUGUACGUUAACCAUUCGAUUUAUUCUUCGUUUAUUUGUGGCAAUUUCUACAAUGCAACGGUGGUGGUAUUUGGAUAACAAAGCCAAAACUUAUGAGCAACCCGAUCAACGACGAGUGCCAUCAAAGUCAAUUGAAGCUAAUGAUGGUGGGGAACGGAAGUGGCUAUUUCGUGUUAUGGUCACCGAGAAACUGAAUGUAUUUGAAUCAAUUUCUGUCACUGGUGAAUGCUCAGCGUUAGGUAAUUGGAUACCGCAGCAUUGUGUGCUGUUACAUAGAGAAAAUGAUACAAACAUCUGGUCGACUGAAGUCAUGCUACCAAUGUCGAGAGAUAUUAAAUAUCGAUACUUCGUUUCGACAUCUGACGCAUCGUCGGAACACAUUCAUAUCCGUCGAUGGGAAACGCACUUAAAUCCCCGUCAAAUCAAUGCAUACGAUGAAUUAACAGCCGUUGUGGACACCUUUGGCGAGGUGAAUGGUCUGGAGAAAAUCGAUUGUGGCUGGCUAACCACUGAAACAGUGAUACAAUUUAAGUUUUUCAAUAAUCCAUUCCACUUAAAGGAGAAAUUGAAAAAUCGGAUACUUUAUGUGAAGUUAACUCCAAUGAAUUUACGUAUAUCGAACGAGGCAUCAGGUGUAUCACCACUUGAUGAUUCUCUGUCCAAUGACACGCAUGAAAAUCCCACCGAAAAUCCAACGUAUGCUUUUGCUGAAGUCGUUACAUUAAAGUAUCCGCACAGUGUCGUUGAACAGCAACAGCAAUUUGGCCAGAAGUACAAUCCAGACGAUAUUAUUAUAUUUAAUGUUACCGUUGAAGAACCCGAUAACGUUGCAUAUCUAAUCGAUUUGUAUACGUACAGUUCCAGACGUGAUCCCGACGAACCACCUGUCCAUUUAGGCUAUCACUAUGUUCUACCCAAUGUACUGCGAAAGUCGGAUGGUGAACUUGAAUUGCCUAUAACAUGUGCCGCAAGACACCGACCCCUGGGCAUGAUGAACAUUGAGUACUUGAAGAUAACCCCGUUGAAAAGUCACGAUUUGACCAUGAAACAAUCGUUCAUUCGUUACUGGAAUCGAAAAUGGACUGGCCUUGAAGUGGGACACCGCGGAGCUGGCAAUAGUUUCAAAGCCCCAGACCGAGAUACGAUUCGUGAAAAUACGAUUGCAUCGUUGAAGCAUGCAGCGAAUUAUGGAGCGGAUUUCGUUGAAUUUGACGUUCAGUUGAGCAAGGACUUGGUCCCGGUUAUCUAUCACGACUUCAUCGUUUACGUUUCCUUGAAAAAGAAGAAAAAUCUCGAUUCACACGAUAUGCUGGAGCUGCCAGUGAAGGAGUUGACGCUAGAACAAUUGAGUAAUUUAAAAAUCUACCACGCUGUUGAGGGUCGCAAUCGUGAGGCGAAAUUCUUUGACGAAGAUUUGGAUGAACAUCAGCCGUUUCCGCAAUUGGCUGAUGCGUUGAAUUUGAUAGACAUGAGUGUUGGUUUCAAUAUUGAAGUUAAAUGGUCGAUGCAACUGAUCGAUGGUACGUUGGAAUUGGAUCGGACUAUUGACAAAAAUUUGUACGUUGACUGUAUAUUGGACGUGGUUCUAUCGCAAGCCGGAUCGCGGCGAAUCGUUUUUUCAUGCUUCGAUCCAGACAUAUGUACAAUGUUGCGCUUCAAGCAAAAUAUGUAUCCGGUCAUGUUCUUGACGCUAGGCGUCACCGAAAAAUAUCCCCAAUACCAUGACCCUAGGUGUAAUACCAUCGAAAGUGCCGUGUCUAAUGCUUACGCCAUGGAGCUGUUGGGCAUCGUUGCUCAUACAGAGGACUUGUUACGAGACUCUAGCCAGAUCAAUUUGGCUACUGAUUUGGGUUUGAUUGUGUUCUGUUGGGGAGACGACAAUAAUUCGAAGGACACGAUUCAGCUGUUGAAAGGUCUCGGCAUUCAUGGAAUUAUUUACGACAAAAUGGAUGUCCUAUCUACCAAAGAAGUGAAGAAAAGUAUUUUCCUUGUCGAUGCUAAAGAAACGCAAAAAGAUUUAUUCCAACUUCAACAACUAGAAAAUAUAAAACACGGUGAACGUUCAACCAAUCAUUCAGAAAAUAGUUAACUAAAUUUGAUUCUUUGCUAGUUAAAGUUAAACAAGUCUAACGUUUUUAGCCAAUGUCUAUUAGAUAAAUUUAAGAACAAAAUGUCAUUUAUCAUCCAUUGGACAAUUAUUGUUUUUGUUGCUUGCUGAUAAUUCAAAAUUCAAAAUUGAGAUUAAGAAACGAAGCAUCUCCGCUGCAUUAUUUAAAUUAUAUUUUUAAAACUUACACUCCCGAUUUAAAAUUU